CUCCGCCGCCGCCGCCGCCGCCGCCGCGCCCUUAUCUCGUCGCCCACGCGGAGCCUCUGCCGGCGGGGCGCCUCCCGCGUCUGGCCCGGAGAGGGGCCGGGCAGAGCUGGCGGGGCCUGGCGCCGGCAGCGGGGAGCCCGCUGAAGGGGCCUUCUGGACGGGGGCCGAGCGACGCGGCCGGCCGGGAGUGCUGGAGCUAGCCGGGGCCGGUAGGGUGGAGCGCCGCCAUGGGCCGGAGGUGCCUUUGGAUGGUUCCAGCUGGAGGCCUUGGGCUAUAGCUGGGUCCCCCCCCUCCCAUCCCGCCCCUCCCAUCCCUUUUCCUCUCUUCCCCCCUCCCCCUCUUAAGGGUCUCCCUUCUGCACCCACUAAUGACUGCGUGGAUCAUCCUCCCUAUCAGCCUCUCUACCUUCUCAAUUACUGGAAUAUGGAUUGUCCAACAGCUUGAAAGGACUCCCUAGGACUAUGCCUAGUUUUCUACAGUAGGUCAGCCAAGAUCAGCAAGCUAUGCCAUGGCAGUCAUGAACCACCAUGUGUGCCCUGUUGAGAACUGGUCAUACAACGAGUCUUGUUCUGCUGAUUCUACCAAGCACGGCUACCCCAAAAGCUGCUGCACCUUGGAAGAUGUCCCUUUGAUCAGUAAAUGUGGCACUUACCCUCCUGAAAGUUGUCUCUUCAGCCUUAUUGGGAACAUUGGAGCUUUCUUGGUGGCCAUCAUCUGCUUCCUGCGCUACGGGCAACUCCUGGAGCAAAGACAAGCUUCCGGGGUGAAUACAGCAGCCCUUGUCACCGGUUGCACCAACGCAGCUGGCCUGGUGGUGGUUGGAAAUUUUCAGGUGGAUUAUGCCAAAUCUCUUCACUACAUCGGAGCUGGUGUUGCCUUCCCAGCUGGCCUGCUUUUCGUCUGCCUCCAGUGCUUCCUGUCCUAUCACACGGCUGUUUCUGCCCUGGACUUCUGGAUGGCCCAUCUACGCGUUUUCCUCUCCACCAUGGCCUUCGUCUCUCUUGUUCUCAGUGGUAUCUUCUUUAUCCACGAGAGCUUCCUCCUGCAGCACCUGGCUGCCAUCUGCGAGUGGGUCUUCGUUAUCGACAUUCUCGUUUUCUAUGGAACCUUCAGCUACGAGUUUGGUGCCAUCUCCAACGAGACCCUGGUGGCCACCCUGCAGCACUCCAGUGGCCGAGGCUGCAAGUCUCCGGGCAGCAGCAGCACCUCCACCCACCUGAACUGCCACCCGGAGAGCAUUGCCAUGAUAUGAUAUGAGGUGGGGGAGAGGGUAGGUUCACCCCACCAUCUCCGCUGCUCUAGCAGGCUGUCUUUUCUUCUGGCAAUUUUUAUACCAGGACUGUUUUUUAAAAGAAUAUAUUGCUGCCUAAGCCCUUCUGAGAAAUUGUUCAUUUUCCAAAUAUCCAGAGAAGUUCCAAGGAUCUCUUUGCCCAGCCUUUGCGUAAGGACACCUUGAAGCGCUUUCUCUGCUGGAUCUUUUGCCGCCCUUCAGGGAGUGCCUCCAAGCCAAAAGUGUGCUCUUGUGUGUGUGCUGGGGUACCCAAGAACCCAGGUUCCUCUGGCGAAAAUUGUGCCUCACUGCCACCCCUUCUUCUUUCGAGGCAAGAGUUGCUUAAGCUGCAGAAGCAAGUUUAUUUGGGGAUGUUCCCUGUGCUGGUGGAAAUACACCUCCCCCUCUUGUUAAGAAAAUAAAAAUAUGAGAAAGAGAGUACCUCCGCCAUUUUCACCCCCAACCUCAUACAGAGUUCAUUUCUUCAGCCCUGGGUAAAGUGGUUUGAUAUUUUGUAGAACUUUUUUGUAUCUUUACCUAUAUAAAAAGAGCUAUCAGAGGAAGA